AUGUCGAAGCCGGCUGUACCAGGUCAAGCCACCACGGCGAGCGGGAUUGUAGAGAGUGGGCAAGAGCGGGUGAUUCCUGGUAGCGUAAGGGCAGAUGGCAGCCAGCGGAAGGAACGCAAAGUAAGACCAGGCUUUACCCCUGCGGAAGACGUGGGCCGAUUUAGGUCUAGCAGGCAGCAAGCAGCAGAGGCGCUCUCACGCCGGCCACCACCUGGCUCCGUUCCUGGCAGUCUGAAUGCUGCCAGCGGAGCAGCUGGGCCAAGUGUCGGGCUAUCAGCGGCAAGGAGCGCCAGGAGCGGGGCAGUCUCCAGCUCUACUGCUCCUGGCGCUGCGCCACGAGCGCAAGCGUCCAGCAAAGCGGACGAAUCCACAUCGUGGAGAAGUAUGCGAAAGACGAGCGCGUCUCAGACACCUGAUGCUUGGGACGACGACGACGAUCGGACACCAGCGAAGACGACGGCUGCAGUACCCAACAAGGACAAGCGGCUCAGUGCUGCGAACAGUGCUUCGGCGCUUUCAGAAGAUUCUCGAAGGGCGCGAGCAGUGGCCAAGAAGCUUCGAGCGGCCGAAGCUCUUCAGGACAAACAGCAAGCGGGUGAAGAGAAGCUGUCGACAGAGCAACGCGCAAAAGUAGACGGAAUCGAAAGACUGAGGCAGGAAUUGAAGGCUCUGGAAGUCAAGGACGAAGCGCGAAAAAGUGACAAACUGGAGAAGGAGUGA